AUAAUCCAGGUAUCGGAACUUUGCUGUUUUGAGAACGCCUUCAAACGCGGCGUGAUACCUCACGCAUUCCGGAGAGUUCAAACAGUUGUAUCAUUGCGCCUUAGAAAUGCGACGGAAGAUCACAAUAUUACUUUCCAUUUAUUUAGAUAACAGAUUAAAUCAGAGCACCGGAUCGAAGACACAAAAUAAUACUUGCGCAUUAUUAGCUAAGUUUAGCGCUAAUUGAAAAAUCCGAGCAAUGUAAUGAUAAAUACAAAAUAGAUAAAAAUAAUAGAAAUUGCGAUGAUAGAGAGGGACAAGAACAAGAUAAAAACUGAUAAAAGUUGGAGCGGAUAUUGGGAGGAAGCUCUUAUCAUCGAGUAUGCAGUUCACAACCGAUGAUUGAACUCAGAAGAAUUUCACUCCUUAUUCUAUCUUCUUUCGUGUUUAUUUUAUUGUCUUGCGGUGCUGACCGGGCGCCAUGCAUUUGCCGCUUCUUUUUUCGUUUUUUUCGUUCCUCUUUAUUCAAAAUACGUCAUCAUCGGUGACGGACGGGAAGAAUCCGGCCCCUGCCGAUUGGCCCAUGCAGUUUCACGCAGUGCUGUUCAUGAAUCGAAGUGGUAUCCUCCAGAAAACCGACCUGUGGUACGAUUGGCCUAAUGGCCGUAACUUCAACAUCAUUCAACAUCAGCUGGGUGUCCUAAACUACGACCUCGAAUGGGACAACGGAACUUCCUUCUAUUACACGCUCGAGCCUUUUGAGAAAACUUGCAAAGUCUUUCACUUCGAUGUCGGGAUUCUUCGUCCCGAUUGGCUCAACGACGCUAACUACUUGGGUCAACGCAAUCAGGACAGUUUUCUCUGCAAUGUCUGGGAGAAAGCCGACUUCAUAACCUACUAUGAGGACGUUCGGACCCGCAGACCUGUUUACUGGGUAUUUAAAACAUCAGGGAUGACAGCUCACGUAAUGACGUUCGAGGUCGGUGCGGUGUUGGACCACGAAAACUGGCAAGCUCCUGUCUACUGUUUCAGCGAAAAUCGCACUCAAAAUAAGAGGCCUUCUAAAGACUCUGAAAUACAAAGUUUUAAUGUUAUCAAUCGUAUGUCAAUGAGAAAUAAUCGUCAACGCGUAGUCAAUUCUUUGAAUGGCGUAAUUCAAGAAAAUGAUGUCCACAAAAGCGUUCCUUGAAAUAAUGUUAGAAGAACCACUUAACUUUAAUUUCGAUAGAAGCGUGAUGUAUCAUUUUUGACAAAAAUUACUCAUGUAAAAGCUACCCAAUUUCAUAAAUCUGUUCACAAAUAUCAAGAAAAAAUUCACCAUAAGAAACAUUGAGAUUAUAGUAUUCCUAUUACUUCAUCAUAAGUGCGAGGAAAUUGUAAAAAUGCAAUUAAGGGGAUCAUUUUCUAUGAGUCACGUCUGUGAAAUUGGCAACUGUUCCAACUACCUUAAAGAGAAUCAGGAAUUAAAGAAGCUUAAUUAUUCUGGGAAUGUUUUCAAUUGAAAAAAUUGUAAAAUUUUAUAUUACAUCUUCAAUCAAUGUAAGCUACGAAUUACAUAGCUAAAUAAUGCAAUAACAGCAUUAUAAUUACAGCUAACUGUACAUAUUAUUUUUUAAGCAGAAAAAUAAUAAUUAGAAUAGUAUAAUUAAAAGAAAAAGGGGGUUUGCACUA